CGUACUUUGAAUAUCCUCCGAAGCCGCCUCUGAAUAAUACGAAGUUUUUUCUCCCCUUCUCCCACCACCCUGUCAAUACAUUUUCAGGAAGGAGUUUUUUCUGCUGAAACUCUGUAUAGCUAAUUGUUGUAUUUAUACCCGAACUCAAUAAACAGAAAAUCACUUCCCCACAGAAUUCUUUACCCUGCUCCUCUCUGUUCUUUCUGCAUUCGUACUAGGAGGAAGGCGAUUAAGAUUACGGUCAAACAAAGUCAAACCAUUCAAAAAAAACUGGAGUGGUUGGGGGAUGGAGCCGGCGGAUCUGGGGAUAUUACGAGGUAGCAGCAUACGAGGUAGCAGUAGUCUUCGGGACAGCCUGAGAGGGAGCAGCAAUUCCAUAUGGAGGGACACUGGAGCUGAAGUGUUCUCGAGAUCAUCGCGCGACGAGGACGAUGAAGAGGCUCUCAAAUGGGCAGCGCUGGAGAAACUCCCGACGUUCGACCGCCUCAGGCGCGGCCUGCUCUUCGGGCCCGGGACCGGGCCGGUUUCGGAGGUAGAUAUCAACAACCUCGGAUACCAGGAAAGGCAGGCCUUGCUUGAUAGGCUCGUCAAGGUUGCUGAUGAAGACAAUGAGAGGUUCUUGAUCAAGCUCAAGGAUAGAAUUGAUAGAGUUGGAAUUGAUAUGCCAACCAUAGAAGUGAGGUUUGAGAAUCUGAAUAUAGAGGCGGAUGCCUAUGUGGGAAGUAGAGCUUUGCCUACUUUCAUCAACUUCACUACUAACUUCAUCGAGGAUUUGCUGAACGCACUUCACAUAAUCAAAACCAAAAAGAGGAAAUUCACUAUCCUCAAUGACGUCAGUGGGAUCGUGAAGCCCAGCAGGAUGACGUUGCUGCUGGGGCCGCCGGGCUCCGGAAAGACGACGCUGCUGCUGGCAAUGGCCGGAAAGCUCGAUAAAGACCUGCGGGUGAGCGGGAAGGUGACGUACAAUGGCCAUGAGCUAAACGAGUUUGUGCCACAGAGAACAGCUUCUUAUAUUAGCCAACAUGAUCUCCAUAUCGGCGAAAUGACCGUUAGAGAAACGUUGGAAUUCUCUGCCAGGUGUCAGGGCGUUGGUUCCCGUUAUGAAAUGUUAGCAGAGUUGUCUAGGAGAGAAAAGGCUGCUAACAUCAAGCCAGAUCCUGAUCUGGAUGUCUUCAUGAAGGCAGCAGCAACAGAAGGGCAAGAAGCCAAUGUUGUCACCGAUUACAUUCUCAAGAUUCUGGGACUGGACAUAUGUGCAGAUACGAUGGUGGGAGACGAAAUGCUAAGAGGGAUAUCCGGCGGACAGAAGAAGCGAGUGACGACCGGAGAAAUGAUCGUCGGGCCGGCAAAGGCUGUCUUCAUGGACGAAAUAUCCACCGGACUGGACAGCUCCACGACCUACUCCAUCGUGAACUCGCUCAAGCAAUACGUCCACAUUCUCAAGGGCACCGCCGUCAUUUCGCUGCUCCAGCCGGCCCCUGAGACCUAUAACCUGUUCGACGAUAUCAUCCUGUUGUCCGAUGGCUACGUUGUUUACAACGGCCCUCGCGAAACUGUGAUCGAUUUCUUUGAAUCCAUGGGGUUCCAGUGCCCUGACAGGAAAGGCGUUGCUGAUUUCUUGCAAGAGGUCACAUCAAAAAAGGAUCAACACCAAUAUUGGAUGCGCAGAGAUGAACCUUACAGGUUCAUUACAUCAAAGGAAUUUGCAGAGGCAUAUCAAUCUUUCAAUGUCGGAAGGGAAGUGGCAGAGGAACUGUCAGUCCCAUUCGACAAGAGCAAAAGCCAUCCGGCCGCCUUGACGACUCAAAUGUAUGGCAUAGGAAAGCGACAACUCCUAAAAGUAUGCACACAGAGAGAGUUUUUGCUCAUGAAGAGAAAUUCAUUCGCUUACAACUUCAAAUUCUUCCAGCUGAUGGUGAUGGCUUUGAUUACAAUGACCAUGUUUUUCCGUACUAAGAUGAGCAAAGACAAUGAGACUGAUGGAGGGAUAUAUAGUGGUGCCCUAUUCUUUGGUGUGAUUAUGAUUAUGUUUAAUGGCAUGUCUGAGACUCCCAUGACGAUUUUCAAGUUACCUGUGUUCUACAAGCAGAGGGACCUCCUAUUUUUUCCUCCAUGGGCAUAUGCUCUUCCUUCCUGGAUUCUUAAAGUUCCCAUUACGUUAAUAGAAGUCAGUGUCUGGGUGUUUCUCACUUAUUAUGUCAUCGGAUUUGAUCCUAACGUCGGCAGAUUGUUCAAACAAUUCUUGUUACUAGUGAUGGUAAACCAGAUGGCUUCAGGAUUGUUCCGAUUUAUUUCAUCCGUUGCUAGAACUAUGGGAGUUGCAAUGACAUUUGGAUCCUUUGCAGUUCUUCUCCAAGUUGCUCUAGGAGGUUUUAUCCUUGCACGAGAGGAUGUGAAGAAAUGGUGGAUUUGGAUGUACUGGUCUUCCCCAUUAAUGUAUUCACAGAAUGCAAUCCUUGUGAAUGAAUUUAAGGGGCAUAGCUGGAGAAAAAACGCAACGUCUAGCACAGGAAUACUUGGAGAUGUUGUCGUGGAAUCCAGAGGAUUUUUCGCUGAAGCAAAAUGGUAUUGGAUAGGUCUGGGAGCACUUCUUGGAUACACAAUCGUUUUCAACAUAUGUUACAUGUUGGGGCUCCAGUAUCUUAAUCCAUAUGGUAAACCUCAAGCCAAUGUAUCCGAUGAUAAUGAAAAUGGAGAGACGAGUAUUGUAUACUCAUCAAACUCUUUGGACCAAAUCGCUGCUAAUGGAGUUACUCAGACUAAGAAAAGAGGAAUGGUCCUUCCAUUUGAACCAUAUUCGUUGACGUUUGACAAUGUUGUAUACUCUGUUGACAUGCCACGGGAAAUGAAAGAGCAAGGUACUUCUGAGGAUAAAUUGGUAUUGUUGAAGGGUGUAAGUGGAGCCUUUAGGCCUGGUGUUCUUACAGCUUUGAUGGGUGUUAGUGGGGCUGGAAAAACAACCUUGAUGGAUGUGUUGGCAGGAAGAAAAACUGGUGGAUAUAUAGAAGGUGACAUAAAAAUUUCUGGUUAUCAAAAGAAACAAGAAACAUUUUCCCGUAUCUCAGGGUAUUGUGAGCAGAAUGACAUACACUCUCCUUUUGUUACUGUUUAUGAGUCCCUGGUCUACUCAGCAUGGCUACGUUUACCAGAUAGCGUUGAUUCUAAAACCAGAAUGAUGUUUGUGGAUGAAGUUAUGGAAUUAGUUGAGCUAGUCCCAUUGAAAUCUGCCCUUGUUGGGCUUCCUGGAGUUAAUGGUCUCUCAACGGAGCAACGCAAAAGGCUCACAAUUGCAGUUGAGUUAGUGGCAAACCCGUCUAUUAUCUUCAUGGAUGAGCCAACUUCAGGACUUGAUGCUAGGGCAGCUGCCAUUGUGAUGAGAACUGUGAGGAACACCGUUGACACUGGAAGAACAGUUGUUUGCACCAUCCAUCAACCUAGCAUUGACAUUUUUGAAGCUUUUGACGAGUUAUUCUUAAUGAAACGAGGCGGACAAGAGAUUUAUGUUGGACCAUUGGGACACCAUUCAUCUCAUUUGAUCAAAUACUUUGAGUCUAUGAAUGGAGUUUCAAAAAUAAAGGGUGGCUACAAUCCGGCAACUUGGAUGCUGGAAGUGACUAGUUCAUCUCAAGAAGUAGCACUUGGUGUCGAUUUUGCUGAGGUGUACAAGAACUCAGACCUAUUUAAGAGCAAUAAAUCAUUGAUUUUAGAGCUAAGUACACCUCUCCCCGGGAGCAAAGAUUUAUACUUCCCUACUCAGUUCUCCCAAAGUUUCUGGAGCCAAUGUAUGGCUUGCCUUUGGAAGCAACACUUGUCGUACUGGCGCAACACAUCUUACACUGCAGUGAGGUUUCUCUUCACAGCACUUAUAGCCGUUACAUUCGGAACCAUAUUUUGGAACCUUGGUACCAAAACUAAACGGAGACAAGAUCUGAUGAAUGCCAUGGGAUCCAUGUAUUCUGCGGUGUUAUUCCUCGGUGUGCAAAACUCUUCAUCAGUCCAACCUGUGGUAUCAGUCGAACGUACUGUCUUCUAUAGGGAGAAGGCUGCUGGAAUGUUUUCUGCCCUACCAUAUGCCUUUGCACAAGUGGCUAUUGAAAUCCCAUAUGUAUUUAUGCAAUCAUCUGUAUAUGGCUUGGUUGUUUAUGCAAUGAUCGGGUUUGAAUGGAAUGCGGGAAAAUUCUUCUGGUACUUGUUCAUGAUGUUUUUCACAUUGUUAUACUUCACCUACUAUGGGAUGAUGUCUGUGGCCAUCACUCCCAACCAAAAUGUGGCAUCCAUUGUCUCUGCUUUCUUUUAUGGAGUUUGGAAUCUCUUCUCAGGAUUCAUAGUUCCAAGACCGAGGAUGCCUAUCUGGUGGAGAUGGUACUUCUGGGCAUGCCCAGUUUCGUGGACUUUAUAUGGAUUGAUUGCAUCCCAAUUUGGAGACCUCGAGGAUAUAGUGGUUGAUGCAGGCAACUUGUCUGUAAAGAAUUUCUUGGAUUCUAACUUUGGGUUUAAACAUAGUUUCUUGGGAGUGAUUGCAGCAGUGAUGAUUGCAUUCCCUACUAUGUUUGCUGUCACCUUUGCGUAUGCGAUCAAGGUGUUUAACUUCCAAAAAAGAUAGAACAAUGCAACAAAGUUCAUUUGAGCAUUAGUGGUAUAGCUUAGCAGUACUAUUGUGUAUGUGGCGGGACACUCCAUGAAUUUACUUCUCAUUAUUUUGUUUUCCAUUUGAUGUUUUGUAAAAAGAGAUUUAAUACUACGUAUAAUUUUUCUUCUUAUUUUAGCAAAUAUACUACAAAAGCAAUUAGAUCUUAUCCA